AUGAUCCCCCGGGAGCCGCAGCGCCCGCCUGUGUACGUGCCCGUGCCCAAAGAAACCAGCAAGAAACGGCAACGGGAGGAGGAGGAGGAGGAGGAGGAAGAAAGCCCGUCCCUAAUUGGAAGCCCACGUUUGCAAGAAGCUGCCAAAAAAGUGAAAGCGAAGAAAAAGAAGCAGCUUUCUGAUGCGGAGAAAAAGUUGGCAGACAGAGAGAAUGCUCUAGCAAGUGCUGAUUUAGAAGAAGAAAUUCACCAGAAACAAGGGCAGAAAAGGAAAAUUUCUCAAUCUGGUGUUCAAGUAGCAGAUAGAAAAACACUUGGUGAUGAAGAUGACACAGCUGUCAGUCAAAGGAAGAAAACACAAAUGAACCCAGAAGAAGAGAGGUUAAAGAACGAGAGGACUGUGUUUGUGGGGAAUCUGCCUGUCACAUGCAAUAAGAAGAAGCUGAAGUCAUUUUUUAAAGAGUAUGGGCCAAUAGAAUCCGUGCGAUUUCGCUCUGUGAUUCCAGCAGAGGGAACUAUGUCCAAAAAGUUGGCUGCAAUAAAACGUAAAAUUCAUCCUGAUCAGAAAAAUAUUAAUGCGUAUGUAGUAUUUAAGGAUGAGAGCGCUGCUACUAAAGCAUUGAACAGAAAUGGGACCCAAAUCGCUGAUGGAUUCCGCGUUAGAGUUGACCUCGCAUCCGAGACCUCAUCUAGGGACAAGCGAUCGGUGUUUGUGGGGAAUCUCCCGUACAAAAUUGAAGACGCGGUGGUGGAGGACCACUUUCUGGACUGCGGGAACAUCGUGGCCGUGAGGAUCGUGAGAGACCCGCUGACCGGUGUCGGCAGAGGCUUCGGCUACGUGCUCUUCGAGAAUACAGAUGCUGUUCAUCUUGCUCUGAAAUUAAAUAAUUCUGAACUGAUGGGGAGAAAACUCAGAGUCAUGCGUUCUGUUAAUAAAGACAAAUUAAAACAAAAUUCAAAUCCCAGUUUGAAGAAUGUCAGUAAACCGAAGAAGGGACUUAAUUUUGCUUCCAAAAAUGUAGGACAUUCUAAAAGUUUAUUUAUUGGAGAAAAAGCUGUUCUCGUCAAGAAGAAAAAGAAAGGACAGAAGAAAAGUGGACGAACUAAGAAACAGAAAAAACAGAAAUAGCAACUCGAAGCUUUCCUUUUUCCACUGAGCACUGGUAAUAAAAAUGGUGAAACCAUG